AACAUCAAAACAAAAUUUGGGUGAAGUUAACAAAUAUGUGAUUUUGUUCCGCUAUUUUUUUUAUAUUAAUUUUCUUAUCAAUUUCAUCAAGGUGUAUUUGGAUUUUAGUCCUAUUUGGCGAAAGUGAAACUAUUUGUUGUUGUAGUGUACCGUUUUAAAUUGCAGCAUUUAACAUGCUUUGCAGUUUGUGAUAAUUUUAAGCGAAAAGUGUGUGAAUUGAACGGAAGGCAACUGCCCAAAAGACAAACCGAUAUAAUCACAGCACAUACGGCUUGUGCUAACGCAAGUGAAACUUUCACAAAAAAGGAAUUCGAAUAUCUGAAAGGGAACAUUCUAAGGACUAACGUUACAGAGAUCCAAAUUAGCGGUAUAGCUUUUUCACAAACACCCACACAGCAAUAAACAAAGCAAAUAUGUCUGCUGACGAGCCUGAUUGGCGUCAAUCCAUUGUAAAUCGUUUGCGCGAAAGAAGUCGCAACGAGUCGAGGGGCAAGGAGAUCAUUUUACAAAAUAAUCGUUUAAUUGACCAAGCGUCUCAAUUAACUGAAGACAAUUUAAAACUUCACGUUGAAAAUGAGAAAUUGCGCACAGCACUUUCAACAGGUGGUGGUAAAGAUGCUACCGGCGCACAAUUGGCCAUUGCAGCGUUGGAAAAGAAAUUAUUGGCUCAACAAGAGGAACUGACUGAAUUGCAUAAACGUAAAGGCGAAAACUCACAAAUGAUUGUCGAUUUAAGCCUCAUUGUGGAGCAACAGAAAAAACUCAUAGCAGAAAAAGAUAAAAUUAUUGCCGAACAAAAAACUGCCAAUAUUUCAUUACGUGCAGAAGUAGACAUGUUAAAAUCGAGUUUAGAGCAGUUGAAGAAACUUAAUGCGACACUGUUAGAUGAGCACACCGCUUUAAAACUGUCUUUCAGCUCAUUGGAGGAAAAACUGCGGGGUGUACAGGACGAAAAUCGCUGUCUAUUGGACCGUUUCAUGCGCUACAAAUCGAAGGAUGCUGACAAGUUGAAUGAAGAGAACGAGAAUUUCCUCAGAAAAAGACUGCCGUCAAUUUUCAGAAAACGUUCGGACAAAUUGAAACGUGAUCUAGAAGACGCUGUCCGUGAGCCCAACUCAACAACACAUCGCAACUCGGGUAGUCCAUCGCAAUUUGGUGACGAAGGUGAUACCGCCUCGCUGACGAGUGCUGGUGCUGUUGCGUGCAAUAACGGCGCAGUCGGUGGUUCUCCUGAUUACUUUCAAAGCCUAGAGGAAAUGUUGACACCAUUGCCACUACCAAAUUUUAAUCCGUGUAUAGUUUCCUCCUCAAUACCAACAAAUAUCUUUAUGAAAUUCGAGGCGCACGACAACGAAACGCACGCCGUGAAAUGGAGUCCCGUCGAACGUCUGGUGGCGACCGGUGGUGGCGAUCGUAAGGUUAAAUUGUGGGAUGUGGGGAAAGGUGCUCUUGAGCCGCGCGCCGUUUUGGGCGGCAGCAGUGCGGGCAUUAAUUCCGUUGAUUUCGAUUCGACUGGUAGCUAUAUAUUAGGCACCUCAAAUGAUUAUGGCGCACGUGUGUGGACGGUGUCGGAUAAUCGUUUAAGGGUAAGUGAAAAUGGCGAAAGUGUCGAAAAUGUCGUAAAUGCUAAAGACAAACAGUCUGUCAAUCAAAAUAAAAAUAAUUAUGAAAAUAUAAAUGGAAAACACCAAAAUGCUGCAGCACGUGGCGGUAACUGUGCAAUAAAUAGUCAAAUGCUGAACGUCGAUAGUCAGUAUUUCGGAUAGUGCUUAAUUUAAUGGCGUACGUUGUUGUAAUAAACGCAUCAGAUAUUUGGUUAGAAUUCAGCUGUCGCUGUAUAGUAUAUGUACAUAUGUCAUUAUGAGGCCGAAAAUCACUUUAGCGGUUACCAAUUAUAUACAUAUACCUACAUAUUUAUUAUAAGGGGAGAAUUUAUUA